CCUCCAUGGCCGUCUGGCCUUUUAAGGCACGACCUCCCUGGCUGCCAAACCGCCAAGCGCUGAUGAGUCAGAGGGGGGCAGCCCAUCACCGGUUUGAGUCCCUCCAAUAGGGAGGCUUGUGUGUUUUUGAGUUGACCACUUUCCUUCACGGCGCAGCCACAUGGGUGCAUAAAUACGGCCCGUUUGACGAUCCAGGCGCUUUCUGAUCUUCGCAGACAGCUGUGGGGGUCUGCACCUUCGUGCAGACGCGGGAAUCAGGCACUGUGUCAGUCGUACCUGCAGACAGGAUGUGUUCACCCAGGAAGGCAACAGCGUCUGGUGUCAGGCUGCUUUGUAAAUGUGUCAGUAAUCGAGAACCGGGCAUGAGGACCACUCAGCGAGCAGUGGUCUCUGCAGCUGGGGGCGUGGGGGUAAGGAGUAGCGCCGCCCCAGUGGCCUUGGCUGGAGGUGCACUGCUACAGGGAACCAGCGCAGCAAGAGGAAAGAAGAGUCUCUAUGCAAAUGUGGCCUUAGUAGUGCCAGGCACAGCUAACCCCCAGGACAAAGCUAAUGGCUGUAGUUCUGUAGGCCGGUCCUGGGUAUCUUCCAUAGUUAAAGACCCCGGUUUAUCUCAGCGCAACCUGCGUCCCCGAGUCCAAAACAGCAAGAAGCCCCUGACAGCCACAGCGGGAUCUGCUAACGACGGCAGGAUCCCAAAGCUACGGGGAGCAUGGGUACGGCCAGCGGCUCACAAGGAGGGGGAGCGCUCCAUCAGGGCUGCCCAUGGAGAACCUAGCCCGCUCUGUGUGGCUGGUCCGGACGUCCAGAACCAGAUGGAUGUCCUUCGGGCGGACAAGGAGCAGGCGGAGGGUGUGGCUGCCACUCUGAAGGAGGAGCUAAGACACGCCCAUGAUGAGGUCACCCGACUUGGCCACACCCUCGGCAAGCUGCAGGGGGAGUUUGAGCUGCACCAGGAAGAGGCCCAGAAGCAUGCAGCCCUGCAGCAAGCGGAGCUGGAAGACAGAGAGGUCCGCAUUGCCAACAUGGAGGAGUCCAUCUUCGUUCUGGAGGACGAGGUGGAGCAGCACCGGGCCGUGAAGCUCCACGACAACCUCACUAUCUCAGACCUGGAGAGCUACGUGGAGAAACUUGAGGGCCAAAAUCAUAACCUUCAGCGCGAGAUCAAGCUUCUACAGCGUAGACACCAAGAGGAGGCGGCCCAGUGGCGUCAGUUCCAGGCUGAUCUGCAGACCGCUGUGGUCGUUGCCAACCGCGUCCGGGAGCAGGUGGAGGGAGAACUGGGGACGCUGCAGCGGCGGCUCCGCGAGGCCCAGGAGAGGAACGAGGGGCAGGGGAAAGAGCUGGAGGAAGCCAGGCGGAGGGGGAAGGAUCAGCUGCACAGCUACAUAAACGUGGCGCAGAGUGACAUGGCCAGGCGGCAUCAGGUCGAACGUCCUGUUCCCUCCUCUUCCUCCUCCUGCUCCCCCUCUCCCACAAUCAGUGCCCUCAUCAGGACCUUCCAUCUUCCUCCACAAGGUGCCCGCACCUGCCCCAGUGCCCAGCCCACCCUGAGGGCACUUACACCAUGUGCUGUGUACAGACUGAUGAACGCUGAUCACAGAGCCCCCACACAGGAUGUUGACACCGUUGCCAUGCCGAUGGCCAGACCGCCCCUCAGCCCCCGCCUUCUGAGGUCUCCCCGGGCAGCUGUGGUUCCUCCUGUCCAGAAUUCCUGCGCCAGCUGCCCUCCCUCCCUCCAGCUCCGGAUGGACAGGAGGCUCAGCGAAUCUGUGUCACACGGGAGCAGCGAGGAGGCGACGACGGAGGGCUCCUGCCCUUCUGCUAUCCUCAGGUCCCCAAGCUCUCCCUCACCCCCCCGACCAGAGCCCUGCAGCGAGAUGACGGCACGAGGCAGCCCCAGGGACCAGGUCCUGUAUCCACUGAGGGCUCUGGUACGGGAAAAUGGUGAGUCCAAGCGCAAUGCGCUUCUCAGAUGGUGCCAGAGGAAGACCCAAGGGUACCAGAACAUCAAUAUAAAGAAUUUUAGUAGUAGCUGGAAAGACGGACUGGCGCUCUGUGCAAUCCUACACGCCUUUCUGCCAGGACACAUCCCUUUCCAGGAGCUCAAUGGUCAAGACAAGAGAAGAAAUUUGAUACUGGCUGUUCGGGCAGCAGAAAGUGUGGGAAUUAAGUGUACUUUGGACAUUGACGAGAUGGAGUGGAUGGAGCGUCCAGACUGGCAAAGGGUGAUGUCCUACAUCUCCACCAUCUACGAGCACUUUGAGAACUGAGUCUGCUUCUCCACAGCAGUGCAGUCAUGUGCCUUCCUGAACAACCCCACCCCCCAUCCUCCAGAGCCAUUCAACAAAGGGGGGAGGAACACUUGUGAGACGCAUCUACUCCAUACAAGGAUGCUGAUCUUCUCCAGCCAACAGAAAUACGUGUUCAUUCUCAUAUCAGUCCUCCACUCUCAUGUUGCUGAGGGUAACAAUGCCAACUGAUGUUAGCUUUUUUACAGUCCACUACUAAACAAACCAGUAUAAUCCAAUUCUGCUCCAUCACCACCAAACUCCUUUGUGAAAGAGUCCUUUGUGUUAUCUGUAAUACUCUCAUGUAUUUUUUUAGGUUUUAAUAUUCACAAUUCUAUUUAAAAAUACAUGUAGCUGUUACUGUAAUUGUUGCAGUGUGCUUGUCUGAAGCUACAACACAAAACACUGUCUCACUGCAAUUUGAUGUUAACUGCAUUUUCAAUAAAACAUAGUUUGUUCA